CUCACACGCCGCCCGGACAGGUGAAGGAAAUGCGAAGAAGCAGCACGAGAAUUUACCACCGCUGGAAAAUAUCAACAACAGCAGCACCAGCGGAUCGACGUGCCGCGAUCCCGAGAACUUCGCGAGCGAACAAAAAAGAACUGACAGUUCUGAGCUGGACUCCGCGACUUCAAGAUGACAGCGCCGCCACGCACACCACCGCAGCGACACACACGCGCUGCGCGAAGUGUCAAAUCCCCGGUGCUUGCGUUUUGUUUUGCUGCAAUCGCGGGUACUUCGCGUAUUUCGCUGGAUUUACCAAUCCCGGAUGGUGGAAAAGUUGUGUAUCUCAGCUAGCUGUGCUGUUUGUGCUGUUCACGAUCUAUUGCGUCGUGUGUUCAGUUUUCCCGAAAGUGUUGUACGAUGUGUCCAAAAUCGUGCGUGUACCGACGGUGCAAACGCACUAAUUGCUGGGGUAUCGAGCAGCGGAUCGCGGAUCGAAAACAACGGCCUGACAGAUCGCUCCGUGUGAGUGUGUGUCCGUACGCUGAGCUGCCGCAGCAACACGGUCCAUUUCACUUUUUUUUCCAAGCAAGAAUGUUUUACAAUGUGGUCCCAUAAGUGUCGGCUUUUAAAAUCAUCUUCAUCAAGUAAAGCACUAAGUGGAUACAUUAGGUUUACAGACCGAUCAGGUCAAAGGGCGUCUUUUUGGUCGCUGAAAAAUCCCCAAAAAGUGAUACCGUGCCAUCAUGAAGUCCCCGAUGAGCUGGUUCAACCAGCCGGACAACGCGCUCAAUGUCACCCAGAUCGCCAUCUACGGUUCCGUGUCGUUUCUGGUCGUGUCGUUGCUGGGAGUCCUGAUCUAUAUUACCUGCUCGAAGCGUUAUCGGUUGAACUGGUUCGAAAAGAAUCUACUCGAGUCGGCCAAAGAGCGUGAGGCAGCGUUACGGCACAGCCAAGAUGGCCAAAUAAGCUGCCCGAUUGCGUACAACGUGGAUGCCGUAGCGGGAACGUCACGCUAUCUGAACCGGACCAGCGGAAGCCCACUGGCGAAAGCGGACACACCACCGUUCUGGGCGUCGCAGGGGCUCUACCGCAAGAGCGACAGCCGGGGCCAGCUGAUUGACACAUCCGAUGAGGAGACAACCGGUGAGGAAAGCGGUGAUUCGGCCUGUAGCAGCGGUAGGUCAGUUAUAGCGGCCCCCAGCGGAGCCGUUGCCAUCGCUAGUACGGGCAAACAUGUGGUGCUCGUGUCGGCCAGCCCGGCCAAACCCACCACGUCGACGUCGCUAGCGGCUGGACCGUCGGGCUCGAACGGGAAGGCAGCCAAGGGGGUCCAAGGGGACCAGAGCAGUCGGAUCGAUAUGGUCGAUUCCGUCAGCACGUGCAGCACGGUCAGCCGGGACGAGCUGGUCGGUGAGGAUGCCCGGGGUGCCAUUCAUCUGACGCUCGGCUACGAUCCGGCCGCCGGCAUUCUGAAUGUGAAGCUUGUGGAGGCCCAAGAUUUGCAACCGCAGGACUUCAGCGGGACGGCAGAUCCGUACGCCAAGAUAAGACUACUUCCGGACCGGAACAAUAUGUGGCAGACGAGGAUCCACAAAAAAACACUCAACCCGGUGUUCGACGAGGAUUUCGUGUUUGAGGUGCGCUCGGCAACGAUCGGCAGACGGACGCUGGAGAUACUGUUGUUCGAUUUCGACGCUUACUCACGCCACGUCUGCAUCGGUGGCGUUCAAUUCCCGCUGGCGCAGGUCUGUCUGGCGGAGAAAAUCGACAUCUGGCGGCCAUUGCUCCCCUACACGGAGCAGGACAACAAACAGGAUUUGGGUGACCUGAUGGUUUCACUGUCGUACGUACCGUCGGCCGAGAAGCUGACGGUCGUCAUCAUCAAAGCGCGCAACCUGCGGGUAAUCGAUGCCACGCGCAACUCGUCCGAUCCGUACGUGAAGGUGUGCCUGUACAACGCGGACGGGCGGCGCAUCAAGAAGCGCAAGACGACCGUGGCCCGCAACACGACCGCACCCGUCUACAACGAGGCCCUCUCGUUCGACAUUAGUCGCGAAACGCUGAAAGACUGCUCCAUAGAGUUUCAGGUGCUGCACGACAGUUUGCUGGGCAGAAACGAAACGCUUGGCCGGGCCACCGUCGGCAAUGGGCCCGAGUUUCGGCCGGAAAAUCGUAAGUUCUUCGACGAGCUGUUCCGCACCCGGGCUGCCACCGCCCAGUGGAUAUCGCUGUCCGAGUUGAAGCAGAAAUCGACCGCACCGUCGAAGAAGUGAAGCGAACGCCUGUGCUCAAUGUCAACCUUCACACAAACGGUGCACGGAUUUUAGCUAACCUAAUCUAACCUAAUACCCCAAUCCUCCAUAUACCGUGCAUGUCCAUGUGUUGUACUUUUACUCCAACGUUAAGGAAGUGCUACGACUUGUUAUGUAGUUAUGCGCAGGAUCCAAGACAAUUCCAAGAAUGUUUAAAGUGAACCAAUUUUAACCUAUCGCAGUGUCUAAUUUAAUGUUAAUGCAACCAAACAAAUAUCAUCUUUCGAAUGCCAAAGAGCUGACUUUUCAAACAUAUUUGAAGAAUCUAUUUUUACAACACUUGAAAAGAAAAACUUAUUUAAAAAGUCACCUGCAUAGUAACGGAUUGAAGUUGUUAUGGAGUGGAAGCAAGACACUCUUUGGGUGGUAAAACUAAGAAAAAGCAAUGGCGUGUAGGGCUUUAAACGCACACAGCAUGUUCCUAAUCUGAUGUUUCCCUGCUAUUUGGUAUAAAAUAUAUUUACCAGACUAAUUUACAACGCUUCCUACAUUCCUGAGGUAUAAUUUAUUAUACUUAACCGCACAAAGUAAAACAACCUUUCCACACUCUUACUGCACACCUAUCCCUCGGCUGCGUCACAAACCUCUUCGGAGUUCUCAUAAACCGCGAAACAUACAAUUAAUAUUACCUUACAUGUGCAAAAAAAUAUCAAAAAAUGAAAAUGUUCAAAAAAACAAACAAACAAAUAAAUCAAACGUACCACCACGGCUAUACGGUAACGGAGGACUAUCAAAAAAGUGCGAAUAAGAGAUAACUAGUAUCGGAAGUAUGGCAGGAACCAUAUUUAGACGAGGGAGGGGAAAGGAAAAACAAGUAUUUAUACAACCAACAGAGGGAAACGUAUUUAGUUGAUGUGAUCAGAUUCUGAAUAAAUAUUGUGUAUCUACUCCACA